AUGCGCUUGUUCCUAGUCGCGGUUUUGGCCGCUUAUUUGGCCUACGCAGCGGCCCAAUCGCAAUCAAAUACGGUAACAGCAGUGGCCACUCCAGUUAUUAAGCCACAGCCAUGUUGUGAAAGUGUUCGGCAAACCCUAAUUGAAAUACGAAAAGAUAUACGCUUGUGGCUGCUGGACAGGCUUUUCGGAAAACUACUUCUUUUGCACGACGGAGAACUUCUCGGCAAUCCAAAUUAUGUGAAUUGUGUCAAUGGAAAAAAGCAGCUACCACUCUUAGAUGGAAGCUCUAUUACAGAUCAGUCUGCAUCUACUAACACUAUAACCAAAAUCAUCAAUGAUGGACUUUCAAGUCAGACUACCACCUCUGCGACUCCUGUCGUAGACGUAACUCAGGGAUCCUCUUCGAAUGGUGAUGGAAACUCUAGCCAGUCCUCGACAACAACUACAACUACAACGACGACAUCUUCCGAUGCUGGCCAAUCCACCACCUCAUCUGACCCCGUUGUGGAAGUCAGUCAAGGAACAAACGGCGAUAACAGCUCCACUCAGUCUUCGUCAUCCACCACAACAACGACAUCUUCAGAUGAGGGCCAAACUACCACUUCUUCGGCUCCUGUCGUAGAAGUAUCUCAGGGAUCCUCUUCGAAUGGUGAUGGAAACUCUAGCCAGUCCUCGACAACGACGACAACCACGUCUACGACUUCUUCCGAUGCUGGCCAAUCUACCACCUCAUCUGACCCCGUUGUGGAAGUCAGUCAAGGAACAAACGGCGAUAACAGCUCCACUCAGUCUUCGUCAUCCACCACAACAUCGACAUCUUCAGAUGAGGGCCAAACUAACUCCUCUCCGACUCCUGUCGAAGAAGUAACUCAGGGAUCCUCUUCGAAUGGUGAUGGAAACUCUAGCCAGUCCUCGACAACAACUACGACUACAACGACGACGUCUUCCGAUGCUGGCCAAUCCACCACCUCAUCUGACCCCGUUGUGGAAGUCAGUCAAGGAACAAACGGCGAUAACAGCUCCACUCAGUCUUCGUCAUCCACCACAACAACGACAUCUUCAGAUGAGGGCCAAACUACCACUUCUUCGGCUCCUGUCGAAGAAGUAACUCAGGGAUCCUCUUCGAAUGGUGAUGGAAACUCUAGCCAGUCCUCGACAACAACUACGACUACAACGACGACGUCUUCCGAUGCUGGCCAAUCCACCACCUCAUCUGACCCCGUUGUGGAAGUCAGUCAAGGAACAAACGGCGAUAACAGCUCCACUCAGUCUUCGUCAUCCACCACAACAACGACAUCUUCAGAUGAGGGCCAAACUACCACUUCUUCGGCUCCUGUCGUAGAAGUAUCUCAGGGAUCCUCUUCGAAUGGUGAUGGAAACUCUAGCCAGUCCUCGACAACGACGACAACCACGUCUACGACUUCUUCCGAUGCUGGCCAAUCUACCACCUCAUCUGACCCCGUUGUGGAAGUCAGUCAAGGAACAAACGGCGAUAACAGCUCCACUCAGUCUUCGUCAUCCACCACAACAACGACAUCUUCAGAUGAGGGCCAAACUAACUCCUCUUCGGCUCCUGUCGAAGAAGUAACUCAGGGAUCCUCUUCGAAUGGUGAUGGAAACUCUAGCCAGUCCUCGACAACAACUACGACUACAACGACGACGUCUUCCGAUGCUGGCCAAUCCACCACCUCAUCUGACCCCGUUGUGGAAGUCAGUCAAGGAACAAACGGCGAUAACAGCUCCACUCAGUCUUCGUCAUCCACCACAACAACGACAUCUUCAGAUGAGGGCCAAACUAACUCCUCUUCGGCUCCUGUCGAAGAAGUAACUCAGGGAUCCUCUUCGAAUGGUGAUGGAAACUCUAGCCAGUCCUCGACAACAACUACGACUACAACGACGACGUCUUCCGAUGCUGGCCAAUCCACCACCUCAUCUGACCCCGUUGUGGAAGUCAGUCAAGGAACAAACGGCGAUAACAGCUCCAAUCAGUCUUCGUCAUCCACCACAACAUCGACAUCUUCAGAUGAGGGCCAAACUAACUCCUCUUCGGCUCCUGUCGAAGAAGUAACGCAGGGAUCCUCUUCGAAUGGUGAUGGAAACUCUAGCCAGUCCUCGACAACAACUACAACUACAACGACGACAUCUUCCGAUGCUGUCCAAUCCACCACCUCAUCUGACCCCGUUGUGGAAGUCAGUCAAGGAACAAACGGCGAUAACAGCUCCACUCAGUCUUCGUCUUCCACCACAACAACGACAUCUUCAGAUGAGGGCCAAACUAACUCCUCUUCGGCUCCUGUCGAAGAAGUAACUCAGGGAUCCUCUUCGAAUGGUGAUGGAAACUCUAGCCAGUCCUCGACAACAACUACAACUACAACGACGACAUCUUCCGAUGCUGGCCAAUCCACCACCUCAUCUGACCCCGUUGUGGAAGUCAGUCAAGGAACAAACGGCGAUAACAGCUCCACUCAGUCUUCGUCAUCCACCACAACAACGACAUCUUCAGAUGAGGGCCAAACUACCACUUCUUCGGCUCCUGUCGUAAAAGUAUCUCAGGGAUCCUCUUCGAAUGGUGAUGGAAACUCUAGCCAGUCCUCGACAACGACGACAACCACGUCUACGACAUCUUCCGAUGCUGGCCAAUCCACCACCUCAUCUGACCCCGUUGUGGAAGUCAGUCAAGGAACAAACGGCGAUAACAGCUCCACUCAGUCUUCGUCUUCCACCACAACAACGACAUCUUCAGAUGAGGGCCAAACUAACUCCUCUUCGGCUCCUGUCGAAGAAGUAACUCAGGGAUCCUCUUCGAAUGGUGAUGGAAACUCUAGCCAGUCCUCGACAACAACUACAACUACAACGACGACAUCUUCCGAUGCUGGCCAAUCCACCACCUCAUCUGACCCCGUUGUGGAAGUCAGUCAAGGAACAAACGGCGAUAACAGCUCCACUCAGUCUUCGUCAUCCACCACAACAUCGACAUCUUCAGAUGAGGGCCAAACUAACUCCUCUCCGACUCCUGUCGAAGAAGUAACUCAGGGAUCCUCUUCGAAUGGUGAUGGAAACUCUAGCCAGUCCUCGACAACAACUACGACUACAACGACGACGUCUUCCGAUGCUGGCCAAUCCACCACCUCAUCUGACCCCGUUGUGGAAGUCAGUCAAGGAACAAACGGCGAUAACAGCUCCACUCAGUCUUCGUCAUCCACCACAACAACGACAUCUUCAGAUGAGGGCCAAACUACCACUUCUUCGGCUCCUGUCGUAGAAGUAUCUCAGGGAUCCUCUUCGAAUGGUGAUGGAAACUCUAGCCAGUCCUCGACAACAACUACAACUACAACGACGACAUCUUCCGAUGCUGGCCAAUCCACCACCUCAUCUGACCCCGUUGUGGAAGUCAGUCAAGGAACAAACGGCGAUAACAGCUCCACUCAGUCUUCGUCAUCCACCACAACAUCGACAUCUUCAGAUGAGGGCCAAACUAACUCCUCUCCGACUCCUGUCGAAGAAGUAACUCAGGGAUCCUCUUCGAAUGGUGAUGGAAACUCUAGCCAGUCCUCGACAACAACUACAACUACAACGACGACAUCUUCCGAUGCUGGCCAAUCCACCACCUCAUCUGACCCCGUUGUGGAAGUCAGUCAAGGAACAAACGGCGAUAACAGCUCCACUCAGUCUUCGUCAUCCACCACAACAUCGACAUCUUCAGAUGAGGGCCAAACUAACUCCUCUCCGACUCCUGUCGAAGAAGUAACUCAGGGAUCCUCUUCGAAUGGUGAUGGAAACUCUAGCCAGUCCUCGACAACAACUACAACUACAACGACGACAUCUUCCGAUGCUGGCCAAUCCACCACCUCAUCUGACCCCGUUGUGGAAGUCAGUCAAGGAACAAACGGCGAUAACAGCUCCACUCAGUCUUCGUCAUCCACCACAACAUCGACAUCUUCAGAUGAGGGCCAAACUAACUCCUCUCCGACUCCUGUCGAAGAAGUAACUCAGGGAUCCUCUUCGAAUGGUGAUGGAAACUCUAGCCAGUCCUCGACAACAACUACAACUACAACGACGACAUCUUCCGAUGCUGGCCAAUCCACCACCUCAUCUGACCCCGUUGUGGAAGUCAGUCAAGGAACAAACGGCGAUAACAGCUCCAGUCACUCCACUCAGUCUUCGUCAUCCACCACAACAUCGACAUCUUCAGAUGAGGGCCAAACUAACUCCUCUCCGACUCCUGUCGAAGAAGUAACUCAGGGAUCCUCUUCGAAUGGUGAUGGAAACUCUAGCCAGUCCUCGACAACAACUACAACUACAACGACGACAUCUUCCGAUGCUGGCCAAUCCACCACCUCAUCUGACCCCGUUGUGGAAGUCAGUCAAGGAACAAACGGCGAUAACAGCUCCACUCAGUCUUCGUCAUCCACCACAACAACGACAUCUUCAGAUGAGGGCCAAACUAACUCCUCUUCGGCUCCUGUCGAAGAAGUAACUCAGGGAUCCUCUUCGAAUGGUGAUGGAAACUCUAGCCAGUCCUCGACAACAACUACGACUACAACGACGACGUCUUCCGAUGCUGGCCAAUCCACCACCUCAUCUGACCCCGUUGUGGAAGUCAGUCAAGGAACAAACGGCGAUAACAGCUCCAAUCAGUCUUCGUCAUCCACCACAACAUCGACAUCUUCAGAUGAGGGCCAAACUAACUCCUCUUCGGCUCCUGUCGAAGAAGUAACGCAGGGAUCCUCUUCGAAUGGUGAUGGAAACUCUAGCCAGUCCUCGACAACAACUACAACUACAACGACGACAUCUUCCGAUGCUGUCCAAUCCACCACCUCAUCUGACCCCGUUGUGGAAGUCAGUCAAGGAACAAACGGCGAUAACAGCUCCACUCAGUCUUCGUCUUCCACCACAACAACGACAUCUUCAGAUGAGGGCCAAACUAACUCCUCUCCGACUCCUGUCGAAGAAGUAACUCAGGGAUCCUCUUCGAAUGGUGAUGGAAACUCUAGCCAGUCCUCGACAACAACUACAACUACAACGACGACAUCUUCCGAUGCUGGCCAAUCCACCACCUCAUCUGACCCCGUUGUGGAAGUCAGUCAAGGAACAAACGGCGAUAACAGCUCCACUCAGUCUUCGUCAUCCACCACAACAACGAUAUCUUCAGAUGAGGGCCAAACUACAACCUCUUCGGCUCCUGUCGUAGAAGUAUCUCAGGGAUCCUCUUCGAAUGGUGAUGGAAACUCUAGCCAGUCCUCGACAACGACGACAACCACGUCUACGACAUCUUCCGAUGCUGGCCAAUCUACCACCUCAUCUGACCCCGUUGUGGAAGUCAGUCAAGGAACAAACGGCGAUAACAGCUCCACUCAGUCUUCGUCAUCCACCACAACAACGACAUCUUCAGAUGAGGGCCAAACUACCACCUCUUCGGCUCCUGUCGUAGAAGUAUCUCAGGGAUCCUCUUCGAAUGGUGAUGGAAACUCUAGCCAGUCCUCGACAACGACGACAACCACGUCUACGACAUCUUCCGAUGCUGGCCAAUCUACCACCUCAUCUGACCCCGUUGUGGAAGUCAGUCAAGGAACAAACGGCGAUAACAGCUCCACUCAGUCUUCGUCAUCCACCACAACAACGACGUCUUCAGAUGAGGGCCAAACGACCUCCUCUUCGGCUCCUGUCGUAGAAGUAACUCAGGGAUCCUCUUCGAAUGGUGAUGGAAACUCUACCCAGUCCUCGACAACAACUACCACUACAACGACGACGUCUUCCGAUGCUGGCCAAUCUACAACCUCAUCUGACCCCGUUGUGGAAGUCAGUCAAGGAACAAACGGCGAUAACAGCUCCACUCAGUCUGCGUCAUCCACCACAACAACGACGUCUUCAGAUGAGGGGCAAACGACCUCCUCUUCGGCUCCUGUCGUAGAAGUAACUCAGGGAUCCUCUUCGAAUGGUAGUGGAAACUCUUCCCAGUCCUCGACAACGACGACAACUACAACGACGAUAUCUUCCGAUGCUGGCCAAUCUACCACCUCAUCUGACCCCGUUGUGGAAGGCACUCAAGGAACAAACGACGAUAACAGCUCCACUCAGUCUUCGUCAUCCACCACAACAACGACAUCUUCAGAUGAGGGGCAAACGACCUCCUCUUCGGCUCCUGUCGUAGAAGUAACUCAGGGAUCCUCUUCGAAUAGUAGUGGAAACUCUUCCCAGUCCUCGACAACGACGACAACUACAACGACGAUAUCUUCCGAUGCUGGCCAAUCUACCACCUCAUCUGACCCCGUUGUGGAAGGCACUCAAGGAACAAACGACGAUAACAGCUCCACUCAGUCUUCGUCAUCCACCACAACAACGACAUCUUCAGAUGAGGGCCAAACUACCUCCUCUUCGGCUCCUGUCGUAGAAGUAACUCAGGGAUCCUCUUCAAAUGGUGAUGGAAACUCUUCCCAGUCCUCGACAACAACUACCACUACAACGACGACAUCUUCCGAUGCUGGCCAAUCCACCAGCUCAUCUGACCCCGUUGUGGAAGUCAGUCAAGGAACAAACGGCGAUGGCAGCUCCACUCAGUCUUCGUCAUCCACCACAACAACGACAUCUUCAGAUGAGGGCCAAACUACCUCCUCUUCGGCUCCUGUCGUAGAAGUAACUCAGGGAUCCUCUUCGAAUGGUAAUGGAAACUCUUCCCAGUCCUCGACAACAACUACCACUACAACGACGACAUCUUCCGAUGCUGGCCAAUCCACCAGCUCAUCUGACCCCGUUGUGGAAGUCAGUCAAGGAACAAACGGCGAUGGCAGCUCCACUCAGUCUUCGUCAUCCACCACAACAACGACAUCUUCAGAUGAGGGCCAAACUACCUCCUCUUCGGCUCCUGUCGUAGAAGUAACUCAGGGAUCCUCUUCGAAUGGUAAUGGAAACUCUUCCCAGUCCUCGACAACAACUACCACUACAACGACGACAUCUUCCGAUGCUGGCCAAUCCACCAGCUCAUCUGACCCCGUUGUGGAAGUCAGUCAAGGAACAAACGGCGAUGGCAGCUCCACUCAGUCUUCGUCAUCCACUACAACAACGAAGGAAAUAUCUUUAAAGGAUAAUGGAAGCCCUAAGUGGAAUAAAACGACAAAAACGUACUCUUCAAAAACUAUCAGAAUUCCGAAGUCAGGAAGAAAGUUAAAUUCUAGUUCUAGCGAAACUUCAACAACCGUAACGUCAAGUUCUUCCUCAAAGCCACAGACCAAAUAUUCGUGGUCAAGCUCUUCAAGGAAAUCGUAUAAUGGUGGCAAGUCUAAGAAAUAUUGGACCAAGCGGUGGACUAAAAAAUCACGCAAAAAUAACAAUGGAAGCUCCACUAUUGUUGUACAGGAAUCAUCUGACUCACUAACAGAUGCUGGAGUUGCUGUCACCCAAGGAAAUGAUUUAAGCAAUGAGGGAAAUUCGGGUCAGUCUACAGUUAUCUCAUCUCUUCCUGUUGUAGAUACUAUUGCAGAUAAUCAGAACAGCGAAUCAAGCUUAACAUCAAGUGAAAAUACAACAAAAUACUCUUCAAAAUCCUCCAAGGUCCCCAAGUCUAAUGGUGGUCAGUCGAGUAUAAGCUCUAGCAAAACUACAAAAACCGUAACGACAAGCACUUCCUCAACACCCAACGUUAGGAGCUCAUCAAAGAAAACUUCCAAUAGUGGAAAAUCGGUCAAGACUUCUUCGACCACUAUAACAACAACUUCUUCAGAUCAGGGCCAAUCCAGCUCAGGAUUAUCCCCUGUUGUAAAGAUCAUACAGGGAAUCCCACAAAACGAUAUUGAAAGCUUAAAUCAGGUCACCACAACGACAACAUCAUCUGAGAACCAAGUCGGCGUACCUUCUUCCCCUGUUGUUAAAGUAACGAAGAAAACUUAUUUAAGCAAAGAUGGAAAGACCACCCGGUCAUCAACCACCACAACAACAACUACCACGACCAAAGGAAGUAAACAGUCAGGUACCUUAACUCUUCCGGCGGUCGAUGCCAGCAUAGCCAUUAACGGCGAUGAGUCCGGUUCAGCAUCUAUUAAAGAUACAAACAUUUUGUCAAAGAUAGAUCUGAGUCUGCCUAAACUGGAUGCCAGCCUAAAUGUUAAUGGUGGAAAGUCAAGCUCAACAUCGACAAAGACAACUACGACAACAUCCACAAAGGGAAGUAAAUCAUCCUUGUCUCUACCGGAAGUUGAUGCCAGCAUAAGCGUUAACGGCGAUGAGUCCCGCUCAGCAUCUAUUAAAGAUACAAACAUUUUGUCAAAGAUAGACUUGAGUCUGCCUAAACUGGAUGGCAGCCUAAAUGUUAAUGGUGGAAAGUCAAGCUCAACAUCGACAACGACAACUACAACAACAUCAUCAAAAGGAAGUAAAACGUCUAAAAUUUUGACUGUACCGAAAAUUGCUGCCGGCAUAUCUAUCGAUGGCGGAAUAACAGGUUCGACAUCAACUAAAACUAUUAAGAUUACGUCAAAGAACUUUGUAGCACCGAAAUCCAUUUCCUCUUCCAAAACUACGACCACAACCACUACAUCGAAGACUUCAUCGGUCCCUAAAACAGAGUCCAAAUACUCCUGGUCUAGUUCGUCGAAGAAAAUAUCCAAUCCCAUUCGCUUAACCCUACCUACCAUUAACGCAGGUAUUUCUGUUAGCGGAGGAGAUUCGUCGGGUUCCUGGUCUAAGCUAAUCAAGAGGAGCACCAACAGCGCCGAGACGAAUGCCAACGAUGGUCCAUCCCUUUCCGGUUCUAUUGGAUCCGGUGCAGGUGGAUCUCAAUCUGCUGAAUCCUGGUCUCAACGUUCAGGAUUUUCGGGUGACAGUUCUAGUGUCCAGGGAUCACCGGACAUUCGUAUUCGAUUGGCCAGAGGACAGACAGGAAACGAUGCUCAGUCGCAAAACUCGAAUUCUUGGACCCGAAGCGCUACACAAGGCAGUGAAAACUUGGCUAAUGGAGCAAUGUCCGGCAAUGGUCUCAAUUUGGAGGGUUCAGAGAGUUCCGGUGGUGUGGCAACUACGAUCCCAGGUGGCUCUGUCGGUGUAACCGGACAAUAUCCAUACUGGUGGGGCAACGGCCGUUGGGUGGGUGUUGGAGCCAGGCCCAGUUGGCGAUAUGGAUGGCGUCCUUAUGGAAGCGGUUGGGGCGGAUGGAACAAUCAAUAUUAGAGUUCGUCCUUGUGAAUGGAUAGGGCCCAGAUUAAACGGCUCAUGACUUUAAUGUACACGAUUGUGAAAUAUA